GCUAGCAGAAUCGCUUAAAACUGUAUUUUUUUCUAAACUCCGACAGUCUGCUGAUCACUUUGCCAGAUGGCUACAGUAGUGGCUCAAUCCCAUUACAUUUUCGGAUUGCGGAGAGGAGUAAGAAAUAAUCUGUUAUACUCUGAUGAACAAACAGUCAUAUUUCCAUGCGGAAACAACUGUGUGCGCUAUAACAUCGACCAAAAAUGUCAAAAGUUUAUUCCAGGUACAGAGGGAAGUCAGGGCAUGAAGGCUCUGGCCAUCAGUACUAACAGGCGCUAUUUGGCUGUGUCUGAAUGUGGAGAGCACGCCACCAUCACAGUGUAUGAUCUGCAGCACGAGCAGAGCAGGAAGAGAAAAAAGUUGUCCGGAGGAGAAAUCCCUGCGGAGGAGUUUGUCUGCAUGGCUUUCUCUCCUGACUCCAAAUAUCUGAUUGGUCAGGCAGGUGGACCAGACUGGACGCUGUUCCUCUGGAUGUGGGAGAAGCAAAAGGUGAUGGCCACAGUGAAGACCAGCAGCACUGGCACAAUCACCCAGGUCAGUUUCAACCCUCAGGACAACACACAGAUCUGUGUAAGUGGGAAUGGAGUCUUCAAGAUCUUCCGCUAUGCUGGAGAAGUCCUGAAACAGUCCAGCACCUUUAAACCAGAUUCUCAAAACUUCCUCUGUCACACCUGGAUGCCCAAGGAGCAGGUGAUUGUCGGCACGGAGACCGGUCAACUGAUGUUGUUUGAUUCGGGUCGUCUGCGCUGGGAGAUGAACCUUACAUCCGCGCAGGCGGUUGAAAGACUGGAAGAAAACACAGAGUCAAAUGAGACGCUGCCGACGACAUCUGCGACAUCCAUAUUGCCACGAGUGACAGCUAUCGUAGGCUAUUCUAAAGGCUUUGUGUGCUCCGCUGGUCCUGGCACUGUGUGUUUGUUUGAGAAAACAGAGGAGACAGACCAAUAUAAGAAGACCAAAAAGAUAAAGAUUCCUCCAGAGCCGUUCAGUAAUGAACCCAGUUCUGCAGAACAGCAGGAUAUCAGCACUCUGUGCAUCAGCCCGUCUGAAGAUACUCUGUCCGCCAGCACAGACCGCGGCCAGCUCUACAGCCUCCCACUCUCCCUAGCCGAACUGCAAAAGGGUGAUGCUCAUUUUGAGUUCAUGUCUCACUCGUUCCACUCUGGUGUCAUCCUGGGUUUAUCCACCUGCAUUCGCAAACCACUUGUCGCCACCUGCUCUCUGGACCGCUCAGUGCGCAUCUGGAACUUUCAAACCAAUGUUUUAGAGAUGUAUAUGGAGUUCCAGGAGGAGGCCUACAGCAUAGCUUUUCACCCCACUGGGCUCUACAUCCUGGUGGGAUUUUCAGACAGACUCCGCCUCAUGAAUCUGCUCAUUGAUGACAUCAGUACGUUUAAGGAGUUUAAUAUUCGUGGUUGCCGUGAGUGUGUAUUUAGCCACGGGGGUCAUUUGUUUGCUGCUGUCAAUGGAAACGUGAUCAACAUCUACUCCACUACAACAUUCGAUGACGUCCUGAAUCUGAAGGGACACAAUGAAAAGGUACGGUCAAUAGCAUUCAGCGCAGAUGACAGCCGUCUGGUGUCGUGUGGCAUGGAUGGAGCUGUGUAUGAGUGGAACACGCUCAGCGGUGCGCGCGAGUCUGAGAGCGUGCUAAAGUCCUGUAGCUACAGCAGUGUGGCCCUUUCUCCUGACUCUAAGACGUCCUUUGCUGUUGGGACAGACUGCACUCUGAAGGAAAUCCAAGACUGCCAGAUUAUCAAAGAAGUGUCUGCAGGUUAUGUGGUUUGUACCACUGUUGCCAUGCUUCGCUCAGGACGGGCACUCUUCGUUGGAACCUCCAUUGGGACUGUGAGGGUCAUCAGAUACCCUCUACCUAUUCAGAUAGACUGGCUUGAAUAUCAGGCCCACGCUGGUCCCAUCACCAAGAUGGUCAUCACAUUUGAUGACCAGUUCCUUCUGACUGUCUCAGAAGAUGGGUGUCUCCUCAUCUGGAAGAUCAUUGACAAGGAGGGACGAGUGUUAAAGAGAGAAAAGGAAUUAGUGUACGCUGAAGAGAUUCUCAUCACAAAGUUAGACCUUGAAGAAAAGAAUAAAAUAUUGCGGGAUCUGAAGAGAAGAGAGAAGGAACUCCAGGAGGAGAACAAGUACCAGCUCAGCCUCAGGGACAUGACCUAUAAGGAGAAGAUCAAUCAACUCACUGAGAAAUUCAUCCAACAGAUCAACUCACUGAAAACUGAGAAAGAGGUCUUAAAAACAGAAAAGGAGAAACAACAAGCAGCACAUAGUAAAGUUCUUUCAGAUAUUCUGGAAAAGCAUGAAAAAGAACUGCAGGACUUGGAAUCUAACAAUAACCAGAAGCUGAUGCUGGAAUAUGAGAAGUUUCAGGAUUUACAGCUGAAACUGCAGAGGUUCCAACAGCAAUAUGAACAGCAGCUGCACAGCGUAGAGGAGAGCAAGGUCAAAGACCUGGACGACAUUACACGGUUUCAUGAGGCCAAGCUACAGGAGAAGAUGAUGAUGUUGACCCAGUGUCAGGAAGAAUCCCAGCAGCAGGUUCGGGAGUUUCAGGAAUACAUAAAGCAGGUGGAAAAGGACGGAGACCUAGAGAUCCAGGACAUACGCCUGCAAUACAAGCAACUGCUUAGAGAAGAAAAGCAGACUAACGCUAAGCUCAAAAUAGAGUCAGAUACCACUAAGAAGUCGUUUCAAAAUGUGCAGAAGGAAAUUGAAAACAAGAACCUGGAGAUUGAGAAGCUGAAGCAGGAAGUACAGAAGCUGCAGGCAGUGAUCAGAUCACUAGAGAAAGACAUUGUGGGUCUGAAGAACUCAGUACAGGAGAGAGAUGGGAUCAUACAGGACAAGGAAAAGACAAUCUAUGGGCUAGUAAAGAAUACUGACAUGCUUAAAAAUACAGUAGCAGUGUUGGAGUUUAAGAAAGGAUAUAUACAGGAGCAAAUUGAGCCAAAAGAAAAUGAAAUCAAAGAGCUGAAGGAACAACAACAAGAGAUGGAGGGAGAGUUGGACGAGUUCCAUAAGAAGAACACACAACAACAGCUAAAAAUUGCUGAACUGAACCUAAAGCUAAAAACCAAAGACAAAGAAAUGCAAAAGGAAAUGCAGAAGGUCCAGGACACAAGGACUCUAUUGAACAGGUUCAAAUCUGACCUUCAUAAAUGUGUGGACAACAUUCAGGAUCCCCAAAAAUUGAAAGAAAACAUCAGAGAGCUUUAUAAAUUCUAUGUGCAGCAGUCAGACGCGGUAGAGACAUUGGGGGUGGACACAGACAUUCUGAGAGAACAUUACAAACAGAGAGAACAUUUCGAACAGAUCAUCUCUACAUUAAAGAAGCAGCUUAUGAGAGAUACAAAAGUCAGUGAAGCCAACAACGUGAAGCUCAUGAAGGAAAACGUAACUCUUAUUAAGGAGAUAAAUGACUUGCGUCAGGAGCUCAGCACAGUCCGCAUCCAGCUGCACAAUUACGAAAGUCAGAGCACCUUCAACAAGAGCAAGAACAAGAUCUCUACUUACACCAGAGCAACAGCUUCAGCAGGCAGCAGUGGCUUGAUGACAAGGAUGAACUUUGAACAGGAAGCAGAGAAGAUCAUUGAGCUUCAACGAUUGGAAAUUCAGAGGCUAAAGCAAGAGAUUGAUGGACAGAUACCAUCAUCCGGCACUAAAUUACCACCUCUCACCAACUGAGUGUGAUUAUUGUUUUCAUUUUACAAUUAUGUAACGCUCUCUUAAACUGAGAACACAUUGAACGUCUGAUAUUCAACAUAUGAUUUAAUCCUGGAAGUAAAAAGAGAGUUUAAGGUUUUUGAAAAAUGUUCAAAGCAAUGUUAUGACAUAAAACUAAUAUAAGAUUAAUAAUUUGUAUUUGUAGGUCAGAUUUCUUGCUUUCAUUGACACAAGAAAUGCUCUUUGGAACAUUGUGAUGUCAUCAGGAUCAUUAAAGUCAUUAAAUGUCAUUAAAGCAAAAG